UAGUGGACCAGGGACUAGGGUGAGGGUUAAUGUCUGGGAGAAGGCGGUUCCGUUAGAAUUUUCGCUCCGGGGCAUGCGAGACCCGCGGGGUAAGCCGCACAGAGCCGUGAAGAGACGCGGCAAGGCCGGCGGCCAGGGCGCCCCAUGCCAGGCCCGGGUCCACGGGCGGUGGUACCUGGAGCCAAGAAGCAGAGGGGCGCAGAUGCUGCGAGAAAAACUGUGGGUGCCCUGGAACGGGCUCAUUGUGAUCGGGAAGAGAAUGGAGCUCCUGGGUAGAAAUACACAAAAGCCCAGAAUGUGGGACCCAAAGCUUGACUCUGAGGACUGGGGUCUGGAAGAUGUGGAAAAGACGGUCUUGAAAGCGAAGUUAGGCCAGAAUCAGGAAAGGAUGGAUGUGAAGCUACUGCACAGUGUAGCAAGUGCAUUACAGGCUUCAGCAGGUUUGCGGAAAAGUACCGCAAAGGAGUUGUGGGGAAAGGAAGACGUUAGAGGCAAAAUAGACGAUGAAUCUGAGAUAGCAGGGACUACCGAAGGGUCUAGGAGGGGGUCUGGGUUUAAAGAGAAGUUGAAGUUUACUGGGGUGGGGACCAAAGGAGGGGACUUGAGAUCCAGACCACAUACACUCCCACAGAAUGAGGAGAUGCUGAGGUCCAGUGGAGAGAAGCUGAGUCGAGAGAAGCUGAGGUCAAGUGGAGAGAAGCUGAGGUCAAGUGGAGAGAUGCUGAGGUCAAGUGGAGAGAAGCUUAGGUCAAGUGGAGAGAAGCUGAGGUCAAGUAGAGAGAAGCUGAGGUCAAGUGGAGAGAAACUGAGGUCAAAUGGAGAGAAGCUGAGUGGAGAGAAGCUGAGAUCAAGUGGUGAGAAGCUGAGUCUGAGUGAAGAGAUCCUGAGGUCAAGUGGAGAGAAGCAGGGAUCCAGGGGAGAGAAGCUGGAAAGUAGUGGAAACGAUUUGAGAUCCACUGGAGAUCAACUGCAGUCAAGUGUGGAGAAGCUGGAGGAUUCAGGGAUGGGAAGCAUAAAUGAAGAGACAGAUGAGAGAGUAGUAGAAGUUGCUGGUGAUGAAAAAUUGAUUAAAGUUACUGAUGCAGAGAUGGAAAUUCCUUUGGAAAGGGUGGAAGGGAGUGAUGAAGAGCUAGAAGGGACCAAGGGGGCAGUGGUGGUUGAGGAGGAUGUCUUGGGUGGAGUGAAUGAUACAGCUGAUGAAUCUGUUUCUAUGGAAGAGAGAGAGGUUAUAGAUGAAGGUGAUAGUGAAUGAGUUAGAUGAAAGAUUGAAGCUAAGGAAGAAAAGAGAGGCAGAUAGAGGAAGUGUUGUAAAUCAAGGAGGAGAAAUUAGAGCCAAACAGAGAAUUAGGGCCCUGAAUAAGUAAAUAUAAGAGAGGAAAGGAGAACAUGGGAAUGAAGAACUUUUCAGGAUGAAGGUGGAGGCUAGGACCAAAGGAAAUGAAGAAGAGUGAGAGAGAAAUGAAAACAUUUUGAGGAGAAUGAAAAGAUCUGAUAAUGUGUUGCUACGUCAAGGAAAGGUAGAGAUUAUUUUGGAGAAGAGCUGUGACUGAAGGGCUUGUUUUGAAAUAUUUGAGAAAUGGGUUUGGGAGGGGCUAGAGGAUUUAGUUUAAAAAGUGUGAUUGGAAAAAAAAAACAAAAAACAAAACAAAAGAAAAGUGUGAUUGGGUUUAUAAGAUAGAGAAAAUAUAGUGAGAAAAA